AUGUCUGAAAGAGGACUGACACAUGUUGUUAUCAACCUUGUCUACAGCGUGUCUUCUGCAGUCUACCUUGAAGGCGGCCUUCUCAGUGACAAAGAGCACUCCGUACGACGUGACAUUCAUGUUCAAAAACGGCAAACACAACGAAAUGCCAGCCUAACGCGUUCGGGAAUCCGUUCUUCCCUGGACAUGCUUCUACACGUGAGGUCUUCUGAUAACCGGGGAUUGGCAAAGAAUGAGAUUUCAAAAGCAGAUAAUAAGCACUGUUCAAAAGCAGAUAGAUAA